AUGUCCAGUGGAGACGUUUAUGGGAAUUCGCCAGGAAACCUAGGAAACCAAGAACACCCUCCUUUGCCUCAGAAAUUAAUGGCUGAAGCGACUGGUGCUUGCUGCGGCAUAUUUGGAGGAGCACCCAAAACACUAGAAGGAUCAUCUCAAUCUGUAACGCAUGCACAAGUAGCACAAAAAUCAAAAAAGAAGAACCGCGGCGAUGAUGGAAGUACCAGUCCUCAGUCAAUACGCUCAAACGGCAAUUUUGUGAUGUCGCCGUUACACUCAGAUGGUCAUAUUUCACCCCCGGGCUAUGAAGGCUCUGCUACGAGUUCGCCAGCGCACACAAUAAGCAUUCCUUCUACGCCAUUACACCAUAAUAACGGUGGUCCUGCACAAGAACACCAUGGCGGCGGUUAUGGGGCUCAGCAAUUACCCCAAGGAGGCGGUUAUGGGGCUCAUCAAUUACCCCACGGAGGCGGUCAUGGGGCUCAGCCAUUACCCCACGGAGGCGCUUAUGGGGCUCAGCCAUUGCCCCAAGGGGGCGGUUAUGGGGCUCAGCCAGCUUACCAACAAGGCGGUUAUGGGACUCAGCAAGUACACCAUGCAAAUGGUCCUCCUCCGCCACAUAACGUAGGAAAUGUUAAUGGGCUUCAAAUAUCUCCCUAUGGAGGUUAUUAUAGGGAGUAUUAA